AUGGGAUUCCUCUUAUAUAUUCGCAAAUUUUGCAUCUUAGAUAUAAUAACAGUAAUUGGCCUUCUCGUUGCUGGAUAUUGCAUUGAAUAUGCACCAUUAAAAUCUCAAAAUUAUCCUUGGGCUUACUCAUUCAUUGAUCAAAAAACGAAAUUAGGUAUCUUUUCGUAUGGCUACUUGUGUAUCUUUACAUACGGAAUCGGAUCAGCCUUAAUUAUUUUACUUACCUUAAUUUUCCAAUCUUAUUCUUACAUUCUCAAAAAUAUAACUUCGUACUUAUUUUCGAUUUCAUUUUCAUGCUUUGUUACGUCAAUCAUCAAGAAAAUCGUCCAACGACCAAUGCCUGAUACAGAACAAAUUUGCACUGUCGCAUCCGUUGAUGUUUGCUCAUUCUAUCUAACAGGACAUGAUCUUAUUGCACAAUUUACAUCAUUCCCAUCACGCAGUGCAUGCGAGGCAGCAGCUUCUGGUAUUUUUCUCACAAAUGUACUGAUCGACUAUUGGAAAUCAGAUUCAAUGUUCUCAGCUCUAUUUAAAGUCAUACCAAUUGUAUGGUCUUUAAUAGUUGGAGCCGUUGAAAUCGUUUGUCGCCGCGCAUAUCCAGAUGAUGUACUUGCCGGAUUAUUACUUGGCUCUUUGGUAGCAUACUUCUCAUACAAGAACCUCAAAUUACAGGGGAUUUUAUCUCCUGAGCGAAAAGAAGAAAGUCAAUCUUCUAUUAUUCCUCGUUAUAUGUAUUUAUAA